UGAGGAAUAAAAUGGAGCACAGAGGGUCGGCAUUCAUAAAUUCGUGUGUAAAAGUCCCAGUAGAUCCAUAUAGUAGACAGCCUACACCAUCUUAUGAGCGCCCAACGAUAAAACUCUCGAAACGUUCUGCCAACUACAAAAAUCGUCGGAUCAAUUUUGUAUCACCAUCCGGACAUGACGAUCUAAAUCGCACUGACCCUGGGAGUUCAGACGAGAGCAAUGUGGAUGGUUUCAUUGAUUUCAUCGAAAGUAUCCCUGAUUAUGGGCAGAUUCACCAUCUUUCAAAUGAGCAAUUUAGAGAAAAGUUGGAUCUUUUAAAAAGGAAGCAGAGAUUGCUGCUGAAGACCUUGAAAACCGAUCUAGAUGAAGAUGAUAAAAUGGUCACAAACGAUAUCAUUAAGGAAGUCGAUCAUAAAAAGAACUUGGAUUCUUUCAGAUUUGAAAAAUUUAAAUGCGAGAACUGGAAGGGUCGUAAUAAUAAUGAGCUUCAGUUAAUGGGAAGAAAGUGUCGUCUGGAGGAGUUAAGAAUUGAUAGUCCGGGCAACUUUCGAUGUGGGAAUUUUGCUGGAUUGGCUGAAAAUCAGGACUUACUGACUUACAGAUGCAAAACCGACGAAAAGUCGAUGAAAACAUUGAAAAAUCGCGAGAUAUAUUCAGCAAAUACUAAAAGUUGGAGCACAUGGAGUGACUCGAAAAGUUCUGAGAGUGAUAAGGGUUAUUCAGAGAAUAGUAUUGAAACUAGAAGUCUACCACCAAAUAGUCCUAGGAAAUGGGAAUCUGGAAAUUUGAAGUCUCCUAUGCUUAACUUGCGAAUUAACGCUGAGAACUAUACACGUCACCAUGUAGAUCUUGCACCUUCAGAUUCAUUCGACGACUCCAAAAAAAUCAACGAAUUCUCAAGCAAACGUAGAAUUCGCCAGAUUCCUUUAGCAUCGAGAAUUCCUUUAUACGAUAAACUUCUGGUAGCUAAACAGGACCGAAGUAGAAUUAUUCGCGAACAAUCCGCAUUGAGUCUGAUGUCACAGGUAAAGCCCUUUUACCUCGAAUGUGACCGCCGAGCAAUCAAGGCCCUAACCAGAUCAACACCAGAAUUGAGAACCAGACGAAAUAAAUCGCCACCUAAAUUCAGAGCUAGACCUGUUCCAAAUAAUUUAUUUGGAACGCGAGUAUAUGACCGAAUGCUUGAGAACGAAUACCUAAGGCAAUUGCAGAAGAAGAUCAGAGCUGCUGAGCUAAUGAAAGUCUCCUCUUUACCUCCCUCGAUGGCUCGGCGAGAGAGAAUCAAAUCAGGGUAUAUUCCGAAGACAAGAACGUGUGUGAAUCAAGAGAUUCAAAGAAGUGAGGAGAAUUUCAGAACUUGCAGAAUGACUCCAUUAACAUCUGAACGAUCCCCAUCAGCUUUGACUGAUACCUCAGUAAGGGGAAAUAACCUUGCAGCGAUUCUACGCUGUCAGGCAUCACGAAAAAAGUUGGAGAAACAAAUUCAGGAACAAUUAGAAGAAAAAGCAAGAGUACAUGCGAUCCAAAUGCGAGAAUUUUUGAGAGGCCGGAACCCUGCAUGGAGAGCUCUCCGGUAUGCUUCCAGAAACGAACGAACAAGUGACUUGGACUACAGGGCGUCAUUACGAAGAGAAGAAUCUAAAGGACAGGCUGACCAUUAUCGGAUGGAAAUGGAAUUAAUGUUGAAUCGUGUGAGACAGAUUCCUACGCUCUUUGAACGUUAUUCGCAGAAUCUCUUUAACUUGAUCGCACUCUUCCUCUGGCAGAAAAAGAAAAAACAGAAACAAGAACGACGGAAAAAGAAACGCAAAUCAACCUUCAAUAUGUCCAGUAAAGCAAGCAGUAGGACGGAUUCAAGAUCAGAUUCUGGCACAUUAACGAAUACAUCGAAAUUUUCCGACUCCACAAAAUCGCACCUUUCCCACAUAAUAUGUGACUCUCCCACGAGCAAAAAGAAAACGGAUCGAGGGACUCUACGAGUGUCUAUAAAGGAAACUGCGGAACUGAUUAAUGAUGAAUUGACUAUUGGAAACAAUUUUAUAAAUCAGUAAUUGAAAUCGUCCAGAUUCACUAGUAUGAAAGCAUGAUUAAUCAGUGAUAUACUUCUUGAAGUCUGUGUAACAGUUACUAAGCAGAUCACUACCACACUAAUAAUCAAUUGAAUUCAGAUCAACUACUGUCCGAAUAUAUUAAUCUAAAAUUACUAUCAGUUUGAUAGGAA